UAAACAAAUUAUACACGAUAAUCGACAAUCGUAGUUGAAGUUUCACGAUUUAUUCAUUUCCGCGAAGCCGUGAAAUACUGAUUUCGUUGUGCUACAGUUUUAUUCAUUUCUUGUAAUUUAAUCCCAGAUACGUGAUUUGGCUGCUGUACGAAAUGACUUCAGUCAAAAAUAAAACCUUCAAAUGGUCUUUAGAUUUUACCAGAAGCAAACAUGAAAAAUCGUCAGACAACGUAAGUCCACCAGGAUAUAGUCAAUUAGCUGGACAAAAUGGUACUGAACUGUCAAAAGACAGUGAAUCGAGUAGACUAAUUAUUAAAAAAUCUUGGGAUCUAGCGUUAGGACCACUAAAACAAGUACCAAUGAACUUGUUUAUUAUGUAUAUGGCUGGAAACUCGAUUUCUAUAUUUCCAAUCAUGAUGGUUGGUAUGUUGAUAGUAAGACCAGUCAAAGCAUUAUUUACACUACAAACGACAUUUAAAACCAUUGAAGGAACACAAGCAUGGGGUCAAAAAUUUAUAUUCUUCRUUGGAAAUUGCGUUAAUAUUGUUUUAGCAUUAUAUAAAUGUCAAUCYAUGGGUUUAUUACCAACACAUGCUUCAGAUUGGCUUGCAUUUAUCAAUCCACCUACUAGAAUGGAGUACUCCGGAGGCGGUUUUGUUUUAAGUUAAUUGAAAAUGCAAUUAAAGAAAUUUAUAAACUGUAUUAUGAAACUGAAACGACAAAUUAAAUGCCUCGUUUGGAAAUUGUGAUUGUAUUUCARUGUUUUUUAGGCAUAUGUAUUGAAUUAUUUAACAACACAUGGCAUAUUUUCGAUAAUUUUGUAUAAUUGUCACAAAUUUUUUUUAUUUA